UCGGGCGGCUGCGGGCAGUUGUCCCGCAUGGCGGAGCGGCCCGGGCCGGGCGGUGGCGGCACAGGGACCGGGCCGGGCCGAGCCGAGCCGGGGGAAGCGCCGCCGGGAUGGCCCGCUGGAUCCCCACCAAGCGGGAGAAGUACGGCGUCGCAAUCUACAACUAUGAUGCUGUCCAAGAUGUGGAGCUCUCCUUGCAAGUUGGUGAUACGGUUCACAUUCUGGAGAUGUAUGAAGGCUGGUACCGAGGAUACACACUCCGAAAUAAAUCUAAGAAGGGCAUUUUCCCAGAAACAUAUAUCCAUUUAAAGGAGGCAACCGUGAAGGACCGAGGACAACAUGAGACGGUGAUUCCAGGUGAACUGCCCCUUGGGCAAGAGCUGACUUCCACCCUGAGGGAAUGGGCAGUUAUCUGGCACAAGUUGUACGUGGAUAACAAGACAACACAGUUCCGUCACGUCCAGCAAAUGACUUACAGUCUGAUAGAAUGGAGGUCGCAGAUCCUGUCUGGGACUCUUCCCAAAGAUGAACUGGCUGAACUCAAGAAGAAAGUCACUGCUAAAAUUGACUACGGUAACAGGAUCCUAGGUUUGGACCUGGUUGUACGAGAUGACAAUGGGAACAUCUUAGACCCAGAUGAAACCAGCACAAUCUCUCUCUUCAAGGCCCAUGAAACCGCAUCCAAAAGGAUUGAUGAAAGAAUCCAGGAAGAGAAGUCCCUGCAACAGAAUUUGGACCUCCGAGGGCAGCCAAUAUUCAACACAACACACACGUAUAGCCUGUAUGUAAACUUCAAGAAUUUUGUCUGCAAUAUUGGAGAAGAUGCAGAGCUGUUAAUGAGCCUCUAUGAUCCUGACCUCUCCAAAUUCAUCAGUGAAAAUUACCUGGUUCGUUGGGGCAGUAAUGGGAUGCCUAAAGAAAUUGAGAAGCUAAAUAACCUUCAAGCAGUCUUCACUGAUUUAAGCAGUUCUGACUUGAUCAGACCGAAAAUCAGCUUGGUGUGUCAGAUUGUGAGGGUGGGGCAUAUGGAGCUAAAAGACGGGAAGAAACAUACAUGUGGACUUCGGAGACCGUUUGGUGUGGCAGUGAUGGACAUAACUGAUAUCAUACACGGAAAGGUGGAUGACGAGGAAAAGCAACAUUUUAUUCCGUUUCAGCAGAUUGCCAUGGAAACAUACAUCAGACAGCGACAGCUAAUUAUGUCCCCACUGAUAACUUCCCAUGUGAUUGGAGAAAAUGAGCCCCUCACUUCUGUCUUCAACAAAGUCAUCGCUGCAAAGGAAGUGAAUCAUAAAGGGCAAGGUCUUUGGGUCUCCCUGAAACUGCUUCCUGGCGAUCUAGCACAGGUUCAGAAGGAUUUUUCCCACCUUGUAGACAGAUCAACUGCUGUGGCUCGCAAAAUGGGAUUCCCUGAGAUAAUUCUGCCUGGUGAUGUUCGAAAUGAUAUCUAUGUCACCCUGGUACAAGGAGAGUUUGACAAAGGCAAGAAGAAGACUCCCAAGAAUGUAGAAGUCACCAUGUCUGUACAUGAUGAAGAUGGCAAUCUCCAAGAGAAAGCUAUCCAUCCUGGUGCUGGUUAUGAAGGUGUCUCCGAAUAUAAGUCUGUUGUUUAUUAUCAAGUCAAGCAACCUUGCUGGUAUGAAACUGUGAAGGUGUCCAUUGCAAUAGAGGAAGUCAGUCGUUGCCAUUUAAGAUUCACUUUUCGUCAUCGGUCGUCACAGGAAUCUCGGGAUAAGUCUGAGAGAGCAUUUGGCAUGGGCUUUGUGAAGUUGAUGAAUGCAGAUGGAACAACGCUCCAGGAUGGCAAACACAACUUGAUUGUUUAUAAGGGUGAUAACAAGAAAAUGGAAGAUGCUAAAUGCUAUUUAACCCUUCCUUGUACAAAAAUGGAAAUGGAGGAGAAGGAGGCCCCUUCAGGGAAAAAUCUGCACCAUCUAGCCAACUUCACACCCACUAAAGAUAGCACGAAAGACAGCUUCCAGAUUGCCACUUUGAUCUGCUCCACCAAACUCACCCAGAAUGUUGACCUGCUGGGUUUGUUGAACUGGCGUUCCAACUCUCAGAACAUAGCCCACAACCUAAGGAAGCUCAUGGAGGUGGAAGGAGGAGAAAUUGUAAAGGUAUGCAAAGCCAGGCAGGUUGAGGUGGCCACAGGCUUCAGAGAAGGGCUAAAUGUUGUUACGGCGCUUAAACAUGCUGAUUGCACUCUGUAUAUUGAAACUCUCACGAAACUCACUAAAGUACUGAACUGCUAUGUGGGAAAUGCCGAUGACUCCAGCAAGACAGAAUUGCUGUUUGCUGCUCUGAAAGCCUUGAAGUACCUAUUCCGGUUCAUUGUUCAGUCGCGAAUAUUGCACCUGAGGUUUUAUGGGAAAAGUGAAGAAGGGGAUGAAUUUAAUGAUGCGAUACGCAAGCUGUUCCUCUCCUUCAACGUCCUCAUGGACCGUCCUUUAGAGGAGGCUGUCAAGAUUAAGGGUGCAGCUUUAAAGUAUUUGCCAAGCAUCAUAAAUGAUGUCAAACUAGUAUUUGACCCUGUUGAGCUCAGUGUCCUCUUCAGCAAGUUUAUCCAAAGUAUUCCUGACAACCAGUUAGUUCGACAGAAGCUAAACUGCAUGACCAAGAUAGUCGAGAGUGAUCUGUUUAAACAGUCAGAAUGCAGAGAUGCUCUCCUGCCUCUACUAAUAGACCAACUAAGCGGCCAGCUGGAUGACAAUUCAAACAAGCCUGAUCAUGAGGCCUGCUCACAGCUCCUUAGCAGUGUUCUGGAAGUUCUGGAUCGGAAAGAUGUGGGGCCUACUGCUGUCCACAUCCAGCUGAUCAUGGAACGCCUGCUAAGGAGAAUAAAUCGCACGGUGAUCGGAAUGAGCAGGCAGUCUCCACACAUUGGUAUUUUUGUGGCCUGCAUGACAGCCAUCCUGAGGCAGAUGGAUGAUUUCCAUUACAACCAUUACAUCAAUACUUUCAAAACCAGGCAGGACAUUGUUGAUUUCCUGAUGGAAACAUUCAUAAUGUUUAAAGAUCUGAUUGGAAAAAAUGUCUAUGCAGCUGACUGGAUGGUCAUGAAUAUGAUGCAGAGCAGGGUUUUCCUCCGGGCAGUGAACCAAUUUACUUCUGUACUCAACCGUUUCUUUCUGGAUCAAGCAAAUUUUGAACUCCAGCUCUGGAAUAACUAUUUCCAUUUGGCAGUGGCCUUUCUCACUCAUGAAUCCCUCCAGCUGGAGACCUUCUCACAAGCCAAACGCAACAAAAUUAUCAAGAAGUAUGGGGACAUGAGGAAAGAAAUCGGCUUCAAAAUAAGGGAUAUGUGGUAUAAUUUGGGUCCCCACAAAAUAAAAUUUAUUCCAGCAAUGGUAGGCCCGAUCCUGGAGGUAACCCUGGUCCCAGAGCCUGAGCUACGGAAAGCCACCAUUCCCAUCUUCUUUGAUAUGAUGCAGUGCGAGUUUAACUUCAGUGGGAACAGAAACUUCCACAUGUUUGAAAAUGAGUUGAUAACCAAGCUGGACCAGGAAGUUGAGGGUGGCAGAGGGGACGAACAGUACAAGAUUUUGCUGGAGAAACUCCUCCUGGAGCACUGUCGGAAGCAUAAAUACCUGUCUGCUUCUGGAGAAGUGUUUGCUUUGCUGGUCAGCAGCUUGCUAGAGAACCUGUUGGACUACAGAACAAUCAUGCACGAUGAAAGCAAGGAGAACCGCAUGAGCUGCACUGUCAACGUGCUGAAUUUUUAUAAGGAGAAGAAACGAGAGGACAUUUAUAUCAGAUAUCUAUAUAAACUCCGGGACCUGCACACAGACUGUGAGAACUUCACAGAGGCAGCAUACACUCUUCUCCUUCACGCAGAGCUGCUCCAGUGGUCUGAGAAGCCAUGCGUGCCUCAUCUGCUGCAGAGGGACAGCUACUACGUCUACUCGCAACAGGAACUCAAGGAAAAGCUCUAUCAAGAAAUUAUCUCCUUCUUCGACAGGGGCAAAAUGUGGGAAAAAGCCAUUCAGCUAAGCAAAGAGUUGGCUGACAUGUAUGAAAACAAGGUCUUUGAUUAUGAGGGACUUGGUAAUCUCCUGAAAAAACGAGCUACUUUUUAUGAAAAUAUCAUGAAGGCAAUGAGACCUCAACCAGAGUACUUUGCAGUUGGAUACUAUGGUCAGGGUUUCCCCUCUUUCCUCCGGAACAAAAUUUUUAUCUACCGUGGCAAGGAGUAUGAACGAAGGGAAGACUUCAACCUGAAGCUACUGACCCAGUUCCCUAGUGCUGAGAAGAUGACCAGCACUGCCCCUCCAGGAGAGGAGAUCAAGUCUUCUCCUAAACAGUAUGUGCAGUGCUUUAUAGUGAAGCCUGUGAUGAACCUGCCACCUAAUUAUAAAGACAAACCUGUUCCUGAACAGAUCUUAAACUACUACAGAGCAAACGAGGUACAGCAGUUCACACACUCCCGACCAUUCAGGAAAGGAGAAAAAGAUCCAGAGAAUGAAUUUGCUACUAUGUGGAUAGAAAGGACAACCUACACAACAGCAUACUCAUUUCCAGGCAUCCUCAAGUGGUUUGAAGUCAAGCAGGUUACAACGGAGGAGAUCAGCCCUUUGGAGAAUGCCAUAGAAACGAUGGAGCUAACCAACGAGAAAAUCAGCAACAUUGUCCAGCAGCACGUCUGGGACCGGAGUCUUCCAGUACAUCCUCUCUCUAUGCUCCUGAACGGGAUCGUGGACCCAGCAGUCAUGGGGGGAUAUACCAACUAUGAAAAGGCCUUUUUCACAGAGAAGUAUCUUCAAGAGCAUCCUGAAGAUCAAGAUAAAAUUGAGCUGCUUAAGCAAUUAAUUGCUCUACAGAUGCCGUUGUUGGCAGAGGGGAUCAGGAUCCAUGGCGAGAAGCUGACGGAACAGCUGAAGCCUCUACACGACAGACUGACAGCCUGUUUCAAAGAGCUGAAGAAGAAGGUGGAGAAGCAGUAUGGUGUGAUAACUUUGCCUCCCUCCCUCACUGAAAGGAAACCAAGCAGGUCAGGCUCUGUCGUGUUGCCCUAUAUCAUGUCUUCCACGCUGAGACGGCUUUCUGUCACAUCCGUGGCCUCUUCUGUGGUCUCUACAUCCUCCACGUCGUCUGACAGCACUUCCUCCAGGCCAGGUUCAGACGGAUCUAUUCUGGAACCUCUCUUGGAGAGAAGAAUAUCAACAGCCUCCAGAGCUGAGGAUCUGCCCAUCAAAGAAGAUGGCGAUAACAGGAUUUGCAAACUCAAGCGGAAGGAGUGGAGUAUUAGCAAGUCUCAGGUUAUUGUGGAGAAGGAGCCAGAAAUGGAACUGACUUUAAAAAUGAGCUUGUCUGGAAAAGCACAAAGGCCAAAGAGUCUUCAAUUAGGAGACAGCAAACUGACUUUGCUUCAGAGUUCUUCACUCCAGCAGUCGUCGCCUCUCAGCCCACCGCCCAUCACUCCCAAAACGCCAAGAACCCACAGUUUUCCCUCGUUGCAAGCUGAUGGAUUGUCAACUGCUAGCUUGCAGAGUACCCCUCCUCCACCUCCGCCUAAAAACAAACCCUACGAGAAUAGCAACCCGAGGAAUUCUGUGGAGGCUGCUCCACCGCUACCCAACAGACGUGAAGCCAAGCCUCCCCCUCCUCCUCCAAAAACCAGAAAAUCCAGCGUUGUCUCUUCAGAGCAAGGAUUGCAGUGA